AUAAUUAGUUAAAAUUCUAAAAAACAAAAUUUAUUUUAGUUGUAUUGAUACUGUUGACUGUAAGAGAGGUAGAUGUAUACUCAAUAUACAAGUUUUUAGUUUAAACUACAGGGUGUCCCAUUUCAUAUUUUCGGUUUAAACCACAGGGUGGCCCCAUAUAUUGUGGGUAUCUCUAUUUUCGGAUUUUAAGGACAUAACGGAGAAGUUUAAAAUAUGAAAUCAUUUAAAAAAUUGCAUGAGGCAAAUAAAAAAAAUGGGUUCAGAUAUAUCUAGAUUUAUCAAUUAGAUCACUACGCAUCGGUUAACUUACAACCUAUAGUACACUUGAGGAAACAGAGUAAACAGGUGGUUGUAGGGGAGGGGGGGCUAAGAAGGGGUAGGGUAAUAGGAUAGUAUUGAGAAGGAGGGGGGGGGGGGGCAAAGGAUUGACUUUUGCCAAAUAAUAUUCAAAAUUAGAUACAUUUAGAUCCUAUAAAAUCUGGAUCUGUCUCCACUGCACAAUUACUGUUCUAUGUUUAUUGACCUACUAGCUGGAGUGCUCGGCAUUGCCCGUGAAAUAAAAAAAAUCUGAAUUUUAAAGAAGAAAAAAAUGAUUUUUUUGGAAUUUUUGGACGUCUUUCUGGGACAAAUACGAAUGUUUUGUUUUAUUAUAUAGAUUUAAACAAAAUCACAACUUGAGUCUCUCAGUCGUUUUUUUAUUCAAUAGUUUUAUGCAGGGUUAAUUAAAUUUCAAGAAGAUAUUUAUGAUGUAUUUAUAAUAUGAAAAAAAACAGGCUGUUGCGUAGCACAUAUACGCAGUAUUCAGAAUACGCAAUAGUACGCAAAUAUAUAGAAGCCAGACACUGCACAAAGCCCUGAACCAACUGGGCAUGAUGCUUAGAGAUAUAAAAUAUCGUGUUUUGGUCCAAGCGAACUGUAUAUCACGGGGUGUCACACAUGUAUUAACUAUAUGUAAAAUUAGAAAACAGAAUGGAGUAAAAUCCUAUCAGCUCGGCAUAAAUGCAUUAUUAUUUAAUUUAAAUAUUUUACGUCGCAAUAAAUGCCAAAAACAAAUGAACCGAUCGGUCCCAUUUUUUAUGGUAACUCACGUAAACCCAUAGAAGGUUAAUGAAUGCUCAGAAUUACAAAAAUUUUGAUAUUCGUAUAAUUUUAAAUAUAUCCACGAAAACAAGUUGAAGUAAAUGCUAGGCUCGAAGCACCCUGAAAGACUCUAGUUGUAAUAAAUAUAAAGCAAAGGAUUUAAAUCUACAAAUCUAGAAGCAGUUUUUUGAACAACUUAGAUUGUUGUCAAUAACCCCAUGAACUGUAGUACACAUUUCUUGUAAAAUAAAGACAGCCAGAAAAAAUACUCAGAGGACGACAUUAGAAAGUCGUAAAAAAAUAAAAUCCACGAAGUUUUUAUUCCAAACCUUAAACUCAAGUUUCUAUUGCAUUGUUGAGACUGCAGAGUGCAGACUAGAUCUAAUCUCUUAAUUCUGCAGUUAAUUAAUUACUAUAAACUACUAAACAGACCUUGGACAGACUUAACGUAGGUUAUUCAAAUAUUUUUGGGUUUUAACAGGAGCUUUAUGGUUUCAUCAGGAGUUUAAAGAUUCAUGGUUCCAUCAGGAGUUUAAAGAUUCAUGGUUCCAUCAGGAGUUUAAAGAUUCAUGGUUCCAUCAGGAGUUUAAAGAUUCAUGGUUCCAUCAGGAGUUGAAAGAUUCAUGGUUCCAUCAGGAGUUUAAAGAUUCAUUGUAUCAUCAGAAGUUUAAAGGUGUUUGGUUCCAUCAGGAGUUUAAAGAUUCAUGGUUUCAUCAGGAGUUUAAAGAUUCAUGGUUUCAUCAAGAGUUUAAAGAUUCUCGGUUCAAUGAGUUUAAAGGUUCAUGGUUCCAUCUGGAGUGUAAAGGUUCAUGACUAUAUCAGUUUAAAGAUUGAUGAAUAUGAUAAAUAGAUAUUAAUUCUACCAAUGUAUAUUUGAUAUCUGUCAAUAAAUAGUAAAAAACUCGAGUAUAAAAAUUAGUUUAAUGUAUCCGGGUGUUUGGUUUCCAAGGUACCCAACCCAUACCUUGUAGCCGGACAAUAUUUGAAUAUUAAUUCUCCAGUAGCUUUCUAAACCUAGCAGUACCCACGGUUCAGUAUAGAUUCCGUUCCUCCUCAAUCCUCCGGGUUCAACAGAUCCUCCAGAUCCUCUCAACUUAAACUAUCCUCUCCCAGAUCAAUCCUGAGUCUGGUUCAGGCAUCCCAGAUAUUUCAGCAUCCCGGAGAAAGGAAACCCAACCCUGUCAAUGUACACAUUAGAACCUGGAUAUCAAGUCGCUCCUAGGUUGAUAUUGAAAAUGAUGAAUCUAUCUACUGGAUUAAUAUAUGUGCCCCUGAACUAGAUGUUGGUAUGACUGAAACUGAUGAUCUUUAUCAUGAAGAUUUCGACACAGUUAGUUACGGUUCCGAGUCCGAGCUCCAGUAUUCAGAUAUUGCUGAGAAGGUUGAAGAAUCCGGGGGCAAGGUUGCGGAGAAGAAGGAGAAGCAUGGGAAGAAGAAACCUCCUCUCAACCGACAAGACACGUUCGUCCUCAUAUCUCCAAGCAUGCCAAAAAAAUCCAGCCAAAGAGCCAAGUCAGCCUACGGUAUAACCUCAAUACUGGAGAAGGCUAGUCAGUCUGCUGGUCUAACUGAUGAUGCCAAACGUUAUAUUGGAGCACAUAUGAGGUUAUUGACGGACGAGAAUUUGAGAUUAUUCAAUGAAAAUGAACGAUUGAAGAAGAUUGAGAUUAAUGUUGAACUUUCUAAAAAGCUAGAGAAAGAAUUAAAAAUUGUCAGAACUCAAUUGGAGAAGGAGAAAGGGAAGAACAAGAUGUUGAUGAUCAGGCUCAAGGAAGGAAACACGGAGGACGUUGUCUGGAGAACAGGGAAUUCAGAAGAGUUGGCGAAAAAUAUUGAGGAGUCUAAUCAGCAGCAUCCAGAGAUAUAUCAAUCCAAACCUAAAGUUUUAAACCGCGGCAGCUCCGGGUCUGCCGGGGGUAACUCAGAGGUUCGGAUGACUAGAUCCUUCUCCACCAGCAGGAUAAGCUCAGCUGUCUCCAGACUUGGUACUGCAGGAAGCAGAGCACCUACUCCAGGUGGAAAACAGGACUUGGAGCAGUCUCCAGUCCUACAGAAGAAGCUAAAGGUUUACAGAAAUCAAGUGUUAUCCCUGAACAAGGAGCUGGAUAGAUUAAAGGAAGUAUUAGGACGUGAAGUUGGAGCAAGCGAGCUGGAAUCCAUCCUUUCCGGAGAGGAGAAAGGUUGGGUUGGGAGAGCAGAACAAAUUCUAGUUCUCCAACAAACAGUGGACUAUCUCCAGGGUCUAAUAGAAACCAGGCAAACCAACGGAAUAACAGAAGAAUAUUUACUUGAAAGUGAAUCUGUAGAAAGAGCACGGACUAGAGCUAACAGUGAUUCAAUAUCGGAGAAAAGUAAGCCUAACAGUAAACCUGGAAGUGGAAAAAAGCUUGGUGAAGUGAAGAGAGCAAGUGUAGGACUAACAAACUCAUUUAAAAUUUUAGAAGAGAACGUGAAGGACGGAGAUGUAGAAUAUUUAGCUAGAAAAUGCUCGGAUCUAGAUAUAUUGAGGAAAGCAGGAGAGGUGGAGAAAAAGAGACUUGGGGAGUUGGUUCGUUUACUCACAUCUAGACUUUCAAUACUGGAGCAGAGAACUAGGGUGGCUGAGCAGGAGUGUAGAGAGGAACGUGCUAAAGCUGCACACAUAGAGAAACUACUUGAACGAAAUCAAAUAAAAUUAAGGGAUGAAGGUAGACCUGGCGCUAGUGGACCAGGUUCAAGAAUAUCCAGACUAGAGGAGGAUGAGGAUUUAUCCGGGAUUGAUGAGGAACAGCUCAGAUGGGAGGUAUCUCGGCUCCGGGAGGAGGGUAGAGCACUAAGGAGGGAGCUGGGAGAGGCAAGGGGAGCUAGAGAGGAGAUGCUCAGAAUAUAUUCAAGGAUGAUCGAGGAAUCAAGAGAAUUAUUUCAUCAAAGAUUAUGAUAAACUCUAAUGAGAGGAACAGGGC